CCACACAUUUGCACAGAAGCAGUUUUCAUAUUGUUAAAGCACGCUUUGUUAGAAUCCGUGCACUGCCGCAAGGACCUCUUAAACAUUGGUAAACUUCUACCAUACUACAAAGCACUGGAAACCAACAUACACAUCUUCGCACCAACCGCUGUUAAAACCUGAAAUCCAACGAUUUUGCAGUUAUUCCCCGUCGUCACAAAUAGAGGUGUCAGCUGCUUGGGCUGUGGUGAAUGGAAUGCGGCCAGCACUGGUUUGAUAUUUGUAACAUGUAUUUUGUUAUGUCUGUUAAAGUACUUACGACAAUAAUAUCGUGAUAUAUUCCAUCGAUAAUUUGCUGUGAUAGUGUUUUAUUCUGAUUGAAUAAAUAUGAACCUUGUUGCUUCGCUCUACGUUGUGAUCCGCCCUUCGGUUGUUAAUUUCAGAGUUACAUAAAUGAGCUGUUUAGUGCAAUGCAAUAUCAUGUCAUAAAUGCUCUGUGAGAGAAAAUAUAUAGUAAUAAAACUCGAAGUUUUGUGAUAUUAAUGUUAUUGUUCAAGGUAACAGUUACUGAGCUUUAGGCCUAUAUCUGCUGUAUAACAUAACCUGUAACAAAACUUAACCUCAACGCAAGAAGCAUUUGCUCUUGGUCCCGUCUCAUUUAACUAGAAGUGACUCGUAUUCAGUUGACAGAAUAGCAGCCAUCCGUUACAGUACAAUAAAGUAAUCAGGAUUGCUCGUAGGAGACAGCGUCAUGCUUUGCCAUGCCCUGUGGCGAGACAUUGGGUGAGCAGUUUUGUUCUUGGAGCAGUUAUUGCUUCUGCAUUGCUCUAUUACACACUAGUAGAUCGUCAUGCGGAUGGAAACAACAUGCUGGGUUUCACAGGCCGGGAGGCACGGCUGGCAGGGAGGGUGCGCGAGAUGGAAGAACAGAACCAGCUCUUACGUCGGCAACUCAGCAUCUCUCAGAGUCACCUAGUUGCAGCUAUGCGAACCAGCAAUAAUACACCAACACAGAACUUCUUACAGCCUACUCAUGACCAUUCAGGGCAUUGCCCUAAUGUGGAAGCGGAUGUGCCAAAGUGUGAAGUGGUGCAUGUAGCGAUCGUGUGCGCCGGUUACAAUUCAAGCCGCUCCGUCGUCACGCUUAUCAAAUCGAUACUUUUUUAUAGCAAGAACCCGCUUCACUUUCAUCUCAUUGCUGACUCUGUUGCUCAAGUCAUCCUCCAAACACUGUUUUACACUUGGAGCGUGCCACAAGCGGAAGUAAGUUUCUAUCUGGCAGACAACGUAGUGCCGGACGUGUCGUGGAUUCCCAACAAGCACUACUCUGGUGUUUAUGGACUGAUGAAACUUACGCUUCCUAAAGUGUUGCCGGACACACUUCGGAAAGCCAUUGUGCUGGACACGGAUGUCACGUUUGCCACAGAUAUAGCGGAAUUGUGGAGUAUCUUCUCAAAGUUAGGUCCUAAACAGGCAAUCGGUCUUGUUGAAAACCAGAGUGACUGGUACUUGGGAAAACUGUGGAAGAAACAUCGACCAUGGCCUGCUCUAGGGAGGGGGUACAACACGGGGGUAAUUCUUCUUCAGCUGCAGAGGCUGCGCGAAUUGGGAUGGGGUCAGCUGUGGCGUCUCAUCGCCGAGAAGGACCUCAUCACCAUGCUUGCGACCAGCCUGGCCGACCAGGACAUCUUCAAUGCCAUCAUCAAGCAACACCCAUAUCUCGUGUACAACUUGCCCUGUCAGUGGAACGUCCAACUGAGUGACAACACUCGGAGUGAACUCUGUUACACCGAAGUCACAGAUCUCAAGGUUAUACAUUGGAAUUCUCCAAAGAAACUGAAAGUGAAAAACAAACACGUGGAAUUCUUUCGCAACUUAUAUCUGACGUUCCUGGAAUAUGAUGGAAAUUUGUUGAGGAGAGAAUUAUUUGGGUGUAAUAAUACGAAGGUGUCAUUGAAGGAAAGAGAGCUUAGCAAGUUAAAUGAAGAGGACCCGUGCUACGAAUUCCGUCGUGCUCACGUCAACAGUCUGCGAACGCAUCUCUACUUUCUGGAUUAUGAGUAUGAGCCAUCAGCCGAUGGGUAUGAUGUCACGCUGGUUGCGCAGCUGUCCAUGGAUAGGUUACAGAUGGUCGAGGCACUUUGCAAACAUUGGGAAGGACCAAUAAGCCUUACUCUGUAUAUGUCAGAUGCAGAAGCCCAGCAGUUUCUCAGCUAUGCCUUAGGCUCUGAAGUCCUGGGCGGCAGAAAGAAUAUUGGCUACCACGUGGUUUACAAAGAGGGCAGCUUUUACCCUGUGAAUUUUCUCCGAAACGUGGGUCUACAGCAAGUGAACACACCGUAUGUCUUCCUUACUGAUAUUGACUUCCUCCCAAUGUAUGGUCUGUAUUCAUAUCUCAAGAAGUCCAUACAGAUUCUCAAUUUGGAUGCCUCAAGAAAGGCAUUAGUGGUUCCAGCAUUUGAGACGCAACGUUACCGCAUAAUUUUUCCUAAAAGUAAAGCAGAACUUCUAAAUAUGUUGGACAUGGGAACACUUUUCACAUUUCGCUACCACGUGUGGACUAAGGGUCAUGCCCCUACUAACUAUGGUAAAUGGAGGACGGCCACAACGCCAUACAAGGUUCAGUGGGAACCUGAUUUCGAACCGUACAUCGUCGUACGGAAAGAUAUUCCCGAAUAUGACACUCGAUUCGUUGGCUUUGGCUGGAAUAAGGUGUCCCAUAUAAUGGAACUUGAAGCUCAAGGGUUUGAGUUCGUUGUCCUGCCAAAUGGUUUCAUUGUUCACAUGCCACAUGCUCCUAGUUUUGACAUCGCAAAAUUCAGGAGCUCAUCGCAGUACAGGAAGUGCCUGAAGAUAUUGAAAAAUGAGUUUGUGAAAGAUCUCGGUAAACGUUACAGUAAAGUGUUUGACAUGGAACUGGAGUAGGGGCAGUGCUGUCUGCAUUUCCACCAAAGUUGUUAGACAUUCUUCACCAUCCAAGUUACAAGAAAUACGAGUUGCUGAUGAAGCGUAUUUGUAACGGCGAGAAGACUGUGCGUGGCGAGUGCUCGUUCUUUCGAUAAUCAUUAAUUUAUUCGUCUGCUUUCACUUACGUUUUGUUAAAAUGGUUUAUAUGGAUGUAGAAAUAAUAAUUUGAAAGUGUGAUAUUUUGUCUUGAUUAUAUUUUGCAUGAGAGUGCAUAAUAUUGAAAUUAUUUUCACAGUUCCCACCUCAAUUCUAUUUAUAGCGUACCUUAUUUUAAUAUCUGAUGUGUGACUUUCUAUUUUUUCUAAUUUAAUGUUUAUAAACAUUACCAUUAUUUUGCAGUAAGCAUCGCUUUGUGUCUUGAAAAUUAUGGGGAAGAUAAUAAGAUUUGUUGUAACAAA